UAUGAUACACAAUCGGAGUAAUAUGGGUUCAAGUAUUAUACAUUUUCUGUCGGCGAUGAGCGAAGAGUGUGCUGUUUUCAGUCCAGCGGGAACUCUGUAAGAUAUCGGUUCGUACAAGCAAAACCAUAAUGAAGAAAAGUAAAUCAGCGGUUGGUGAGAAGCCGCCAUCACGAUGGCAAAGAAUUAAAGAAAACCCGGAUAGUUUUCUGUACAAACUGUUCCUGAGCGGAACAAGAGAACAUCGUUGCCUGAAAGCAAUCUUUGGUAUAUUAUGGGGCGUGGCCACAGGGGGUCUAUUUUACGCACUGAUCACAUUUAGUUUUGGAUACGACUACGAUAUUUCCGGUUGGAUAACAAUAGGAAUAACGGUGAUGAUGAGCAUAGGUUUGGCAGUGUCAACCCACUUCCGGUGUGUGGUGAUGUUGAUGAUUCCUUCCCUCUGCACAGGACGUGGGAGGGUAGCCGUGUUGGCCACAAUAUUUGGUAUCCUGCUUUCUGGGCCAGUGAUGAACAUCUCGGACAACGCUAAUCAGGUGUCAAACAGUAUGGCGUGUACGUCGGAACUCAUCUACAACCAAAGUCAGCUUUUGCGCAAACAGUUGGAGGAACCAAUUAGGCAAAUAGCCAGAACAAUUGAAGAUUCAUUAGAUGACUUGCAAACAAUUGGUCAAAGUUUCCAAAAGGUCAUCGAUCCGGUGACAGAACAGGUGGAAGCAGUCGACAGAAAGAUUAAGGAAGCAGCGUCUGCCGUACGGGACGCAGCAAAAAAAUGUACACAAGGUGUUAACGAUGUCUACCGGAAGUGUGUCGAUGGAAUAAACAACGCAAAGCGAGAAUGUGAAAAACAAUUAGAAGUUUUAGACAAAAUCGGUGGCGGUGUUGUGGACACAGCAAAUACCGUUGGGAAUGGUGUCAAAAGCGCGAUAGAUACUAUUGGCGACGUGUUUGGAAAGCGACGAAGAAAAAGAGCAUGUUAUUGGUCGCUUCCAUGGCAACAUCGUUAUCAACCGUUGACGACAGAGUGCUCAGAACGAAGAAGGUAUAAACGCUUUGCUUCUGCAGUAUGCCGGGUGCUUGACAUAUCCGACGUGUGUGUCGAAGUCAAGCCAGGGAGUGGUCUCUGCUCCGUCUUGGAUUUAUUUCAGGACGUCACAGACGUUGCACUAAGAGAAACACGCGACCUUAUAUACACACUCACAGAUUUCUUCGAGUUUGGCGUAAAUUCGAACUCGGAUUUGUAUGGGAAAAUCAACUCAUCCCAGACUGCUGCACAAAUCAUGGCGAAUGUUCGCGCAGACAUACAAGAAAGGACGGAGCUGAUCCAUAAAAUCAUCAAAAUUAUAAAGUAUAUUUUAGCCUUUCCUCUCGUGUUUCUUUUCAUCCAAUCAGCCCUCUACGUCAAAAAGUAUCGUACAAAGGAUCACUUUGAUAACAAAUACAUAUCGAGGCGAUUCAAACGGUACGAUGACAAACGUACGCACCAAGGCAAGAAGUCGGUGUUACCGCUGAAAAAGAUAGAGAAACGAAAGUAUAUUGAUACUAGAUCAAAGCUCCUGUCCCCAGCAGAACUACAAAUGGUCAAGGUAGGGGCUGUCUCUGUCAGCUUGCAGUUCCUUAUAACGCUUGUUGCCAUCAUUGCUGAUUAUGUUCUGUUCUACGUUCUCACUGUUAUGCAGCAGUUCGGCAACAUCAACGUCAGUGUAACAGGAGAUAGCAAUGUCUCUCUUGGUGUCGUCGGUAGCGGCUUUAUUGCUAAAAUGAUAGGAAGUCUUCUUGCGGUUCUCGAAGUAGACACUGACUUUGCCGUUAAUUUUAAUUUAACACAGUGUUUGCCUGACCCGCAGAAACCAAACGUGCAAACCAUUCUGGUUCUUUCUGUUUUGUAUUUCGUUGCGUUCGUCUUUAUAUUUACACAGGCAUAUGGAUUGCGCAUACGUAGGAAAAUAGCCGCCUAUUUCUACCCAACUCAGGAACAAGAACGUAUAAAAUAUUUGCAUGAAAAAAUUCGUCUUAAACGGCAGUCAAAACUUCUUUGGUUUUCCAAGAAUCUUAAAUCUCGAAGAAAGGGGAACAGCAUCUUUUCUCACGUCCCAUUUCUGAUGUUUCUUUCGGACCACAUGCCCGGCAAUUGUAAUUGUAGGCCACAGAGAAAGACCGCUUGUCUCGGAUGUAAAGAGGAGUUCACUGGCGUGUCGGAGUUCCACGUCUGCCCUACUCCAGGAUGUGAUGGUGUAUACUGUAUGGAAUGCUUCAUGGAAAUGAACAAAAAGUGCAUCGUAUGUACAAACACAUCAAAAAGUUUGAAGCGUGGAGUGGUCAGUUUCUCGAAGGGUCAGCAAAAGUAUUGAAGCAACCUUACAUGAUCUGACCAGUAAUUUUCUGUUGCUUUUGCUUAUUUCGUCAAACAUACUAUGCUCGUAUGGGAUGGGAGAGGCUAUUACGGUCGGUGUGUGUUUAUUCUAUAUUUUGAAUAACGUGCUUCAUUCUAGUACUAUUAUACAUCAUAAGUCAAAGUAAAAAAUUGGAAAAAUGAUAAAAUGUUUUACAGUUUAACCUUUAUACUGCAAUCAAGAACUCAUAAUUCUGUAUGUUAUUACAACAUGUAUUUGAACAUCCUCGAUAUCCAGGAGUUACGCUCACUUUCGCUCUCUGCACCCCUGGUAUGUCAUAGAAAAAUCGAAGGCUCAGUGUGUGCCACCUUGCUGAUGAGACAAGAAUACUAGUUCGAACUUUUGAUGUACAUCAAAUGAAUCUUGUGGUCAUGUAACGGUAAAAUUGGACAGACUUUGAAGUCGGGCGUCUCCC